UCGGUAGCAAUGGAAUGCACGCACAAGAAAAAACACGUUACCACAUAGAACACAACUAGUUGUUAGCCAUGGACAAAAUUGGGUUUGUCAAUGGUGCCGGCGUCGACGAGGACUCGACUUGCUUGCACGCACAAACACUGGUCUACGCCUACAAUGUCAGCAUGGCCGUGAAGGCGGCUGUCAAGCUCGGCCUCAUCGAUGCCCUCAGCGCCGCUGACGGCAACGGCCUGACCGCCGAGGAGCUAGCCAGGAAACUAGUCCAGGCGGAGGACAAGGCCGAGUCAGCUUCUCUGAUCGGCCGGAUCCUCAGGUUCCUGGCGUCCUUCGACGUCGUCAGGUGCUCGGCCGACAAAGCUCCUGACGGCACGGUGCUGUGGCGGUACUCGCCUGCACCGGCGUGCCGGUGGCUCACCACAAACAAUGGUGAGGGGUCCCUUGGCCCAAUGGCUGUGUUCGCCGUCGAUGAGGACAACUUCUCGUCCUGGCAUCACAUUGCGGAUGCAGUGGCCGGUGGUGGCAAGAAGACGCCGUUCGAGCUUGCCCAUGGGGGCACGCCGGCGUUCGAGUACUUUGGAAAGAACCGGCGUCUGAGCCUGCUGUUCGACCGAGCCAUGGCCCAGCAGUCACUGCUGGUGAUCAAGAAGCUGGUCGAGCAUCCCAAAGUGUUCGACGGCGUUGGGGUGCUCGUCGACGUUGGUGGGGGCACCGGUGAAACGCUAGCGUUGAUCAGCGACCGGUACAAGCACAUCAGGGGCAUAAACAUGGACCUAGCUCAUGUAGUCUCUGAGGCUCCGUCCCUUGAAGGCGUGGAACAUGUAGCUGGAGAUAUGUUUGAAAGCGUACCAUCUGGAGAUGCAAUUUUGAUGAAGUGGAUGAUCCAUUUGCAGAGUGACGAGGAGUCCAUCUUGAUCCUGAAGAAUUGCCACCGUGCUCUCCCAGAUAACGGGAAGGUGAUCGUCAUUCAGAGCAUCCUGCCGGAGACCCCAGAGUCGACUCCGGCUGCGCGAGAUUCGUACACGAUGGAUAUCAUCAUAUAUGUCAACUUCAAGGGAGGAAAGGAGAGGACGGAGCAGGAGUACGCCAAGCUUGGCGCGGCUGCAGGCUUUUCUGGCUUCCAGAAAACUUACAUCUUCUGCAACAUUUACGCUCUUGAGUUUACCAAGUAGAAAUGCAUGUUUACCGGUUGUUCGGUUGAAUAACAACUUGCUCCCUGGGUAAGCAGGCAGGCUAGUUUUUAUGUUUUCAUGGGUAUGGUUGUAUAACAGAUCGCAACCAUGCAUCUUCUUGGUGAUACUGGCAUUGCGGACUUCAUGGGUAUGGUUGUAACUCCUUGGGGUGAUUAUGUACUGCUUAAUAAAAUGUUAUUCCUACUAUUGAUAGUUA